AUGGGCUUCAGACAUAAACAGUUUCCCAACCACGUGUGUCGUCUCAAGAAAUCUCUCUACGGGCUUAAACAGGCACCACGGGCUUGGUAUCAAAGAUUCACAGACUAUGUUCUCACCCUGGGUUUUAAACAUAGUCGCUGCGAUGCUUCUCUCUUCACCUUCCAUCAUGGUAGUGAUACAGCCUUCUUGCUUCUUUAUGUUGAUGAUAUACUCUUGGUCACCUCGUCCGACCUUCUUCGCCAACGAUUAAUGUCCAGUCUUGCUGAUGAAUUUGCAAUGAAAGAUUUGGGCCCACUUAGCUAUUUUUUGGGAAUCUCUGUUACCAAAACAGCCAACACCAUGUUUCUUUCACAACAAUCAUAUGCUGCUGACAUCAUUGGCCGAGCCGGGAUGCAAUCUUGUAAUCCGGUAGCCAUGCCAGUCGACACCAAUUCAAAGCUUAGUGCCACAUCCGGCGAACCAUUUCACGAUCCCACUCUCUAUCGUAGUCUCGCUGGGGCACUUCAAUACCUCACAUUCACCCGUCCGGAUAUUACUUACGCGGUGCAACAGGUUUGCAUGCACAUGCAUGCUCCUCGCAUAGAUCACUGGAAUGCUUUAAAACGGAUCAUCAGGUAUGUAAAGGGGACCGCAACUCUCGGCUUGAUGCUGACAGGUUCGUCGUCUCCGUCCUUGAUUUCCUAUACGGAAGCGGAUUGGGCUGGCUACCCCGAUACACGCCGUUCAACCAGCGGCUAUUGCAUCUAUUUCGGCGACAACCUGAUCUCUUGGUCUUCCAAACGGCAAUCUACCAUCUCCCGCUCAAGUGCGGAAGCUGAAUAUCGUGGUGUGGCAAAUGUAGUCGCUGAAAUUUGCUGGUUACGAAACUUACUACUUGAGCUUCAGUUGCCCUUAUCCCGUGCUACACUCGUUUACUGCGACAAUGUCAGUGCCAUAUAUCUGUCAGGAAGGUGGAGCAAAGAAAAGGAAUGUUACGUUGAUCCUCAAGGAAACCCGACAGUUGAUCCUAAGAAGGUUGACCUUGAAGCAUUAGUUGCUGCUAUACCUACUAUAAGUGUUUGGUGCAAAGGCCUUAGUGAGAUUCCAAGGUACAAGGAGAAAGUUAAAGAAGGCAUUAGGAAGGUGAUCUAUGCCAGUCUCGAUAAGAAAAAGAAGACAGUUGAGGAAAUUGUUGAGAAAGCAAUAAGUUGGUGA